GGUUAUUGUUUGUAAAUACCUUCAUUUCCAUCCACAAUUGGUAUUGCUGUGACUGUGAGAAGGGGAAGAAGAUGAAAAAUCUUAGCCUGGGAUCAAAGCUCCACAUUCCAAGCCCAUCCAACCCCUCUUGUUCCACUUCACAUCCUCCAUUAUUUCUCAAACCCAUCAAACUUGUUAUAUCAUGUGGGAAAACAUUGAAACACUCACCUUCAAAUGUGAGACAACAUACUACUCCAACUCGUUCAAUCACCCUCAAACACACAACAGGUGUGGAACAUGAUGCACCGAGAUCAUUGGUGAAACAUGUAGUUCCUGAUCAAAAAGGGUAUUCGAGGAUUGUGAUAAUGGGAGCUGCUGUUUCAGUGGGAGUUUUGCUGAUUCUGAGUGACCAAAAGGCCUUUGCUUUGGGUCCUGAAGGUCCACUUGUGGAAGAGUUUUGGGACAAUGUUAGGAGAUAUGCACUGUACGCUCUCACUGUCAGCACAGGUGCCAUUUAUACCAUCGUCCAGCCUAUAUUUGAGCUGCUCAAGAAUCCCAUUUCUGCAUUUCUCAUAAUUGCUAUUUUAGGGGGCAGCAUCUACAUUGUUUCUCAAGUGCUUUCUGCCAUGGUUGGUGUUUCUGAGUUUGCUUACGAUUAUGGAUACUAGAUAUACCUCCAACCAUAUCUAAAGCCCACUUCAUCGUUUUUCUAUACAUUUUUAGUAUUUUUCACCUUUUGUUAUUGUUCAAUAGUGAGCCACAAUUUUAAUGAUGGAGAAAGUAGAAAUUAUUAUUUUAA